GGGGGGAGGGGAGGGGGGAGUUUUAAGCCAAAUCUGUCGACUGGACGAUACGAUGGCAUUUGUGCUUUUAAGGGCCUGUUAUGUAAAUAGAUUACCUAAUAAAUCAAUAAAUCAAUCAAUAAGACGGUGUCGCGUUUAAAGUCCCGACCAUUUCAACCCUAUAUGGAAGAAAAUAAUAACCCCGAGAGAGGAAAUGUACAUAUUACAUCCAAGUGACUUGAGGUAAAAAAGAGGGAUAAGGAGAGGCCAUUAGGGAGGGAUCCAAUUAGCGGGUAAGGAGGAGAGCUGAGGAUCCGCAAAGGGCUCAAUCACUGCCUUAUCGAGGAGGAGAGCUCUGGAAAGUCGGACUGAAAUACAUGUACAGCAGAAGGAUCUUAUGUCACCCUGAGCCCAAGUCACGUUGUGUAGGUAGAAAGUAACGUCAGAAUGGCUUUGGAAGAACUACAAGCAGUGAUUCAGAGAUGUCGAGGUAUACCUGAAGCAGAGUUUAAAGCUGAAGAUCAUGGCAUCUUCCAGACAGCAGCCAGUGAAUGCCUAGAAGAAGGACAUGUGGUUAAACUUCUGGAAAUCCUACAGGAGGAACAGAACAAGGAUUUUGUUACCUGCAUGGGCUGGAAUCUUGUCGGUCCUGUCGUUGGUUGCAUUUUAAAGGACAACCAAGAAACAGAGUAUAGGGAAAACUGCUCAAAAAUCCUGGACCUUGUAGUACAGAUAAGUAACCCAAAGGAACUUCUGGUAGGUUUACUGGAGCAGGUUGAGGAAGCUUAUGGAGAGAAGAUAUCAAAAUCUAUCUUAUUGCUGUUGCAGCCACUUCAGACAGUGCUAUUAAAAUUGGGACAUAAGAAGGCAUACUCCGUGGGACUAACGCUCUCAACAAUAAUAACCCAACUCUCCCAGUUACCUGUACCUUGCACCAAUGAGCAACGCCAACAUGAUACGUAUGAUCUUUGCAAGUGUUGUAUGGCUGUUGCCUCUUUUGUUAAACCAUUUGUGGAUGAAGUGGGUCAAAUAUCAGAAUCUAAAUCAAAUCCCUCUAAUGAUCAACUGAAGGAGGAACUACUGAAAUUUUGUAUGAAAAGCUUGGAAUACCCACUGUUGAGGGCACAUUUAGAUCCACUGCCUGAAGAGACUGAAGAAAAUUUGUUGAGAACUUUUGCUGAUGAAAUUCUGGUUUUUCUGUUAGCUCUUGGUGAGUCACUUCCUGUGUUGAUGGUACAAUCCAGGAAGAAACAGGAAGAGACUGACCCUCUGCAGGAAGAUAUAAAGUAUCCUAUGAAUUCAUUAGCCUGCCUGGCAUACCUUUUAUUUGUCCAGCAUAUUGGUAUUGAUCAUUUUCCAGCUGUAUACAGCCCUGCAUUCUUUCUUCAGUAUAAUGUGGACUAUAUAGCCACCAUGAUGAAAAGGACGGAAGAGUCCAUUCUAUCUAAAGGACUGGAAUUGCAUGAACAGUGUUUAUUACCAGUUGAAGAUAAUAGUCUUUCCCAUGAAUAUUUGGAGAUCAAAAACAUUCUUGGAGUUGCACAGGAUUUAGUGAAGGUGAUGACCCUCUGCCCUAUUGAUCACCUGCGGAAAUGGAGCCUAAGGAUAUUUCAACAGUAUAUAAAUAAGUUUGACACAUCAGGAAAGUAUAAAUUAUUUAGAUGUCUCUUAAAGACAAGUCAACAUGCUGGGGUACAAGGUUAUAUUAUUCAAAACAUUAAAGAUCAGGUUGAUCUAGCAUUAAAGCCUGGCAAUAAAAAUGUGUGGUUUUCAAAAUAUCCACAUCUGAUCACUCUUCUUCAUUCAGUCCUUUCACUUCCUGAAGGAGCAGAAACAGACUUGCUUCAGAACUCAGACAGGAUCAUGGCUUCACUCAACCUCCUAAGGUAUCUGGUAAUCAGGGAUAAUGAAUGGCAGAAUCAGACUGGAAUAUGGACUGAUCUUUUUUGGAUUGAAAAUUUCUUACAUCCACUACGCACAGGUUUGAAUAUGUCAAAGGCUCAUUAUGAAGCAGAAAUCAGAACCAAAGAGGAAAACAAGAAAAUCAAAGGUGCUCCGCAUAGUGAAACCCAAUGUUCCUUAACAGUUGGUGGUAAGAAACUACCUAAAAUGACCAUAUCAAUGCAAUUGGAGGUUCUACGGUCAGCUAUCUACACAUUCGAUCUCAUGGAAAGUGUACUGGCACGAAUAGAAGAGCUAACGGACCCCAAAGUAAAAACCAGAACUGGGGACAAUGUAGUGUUGUAGAUUUAUUAGAUGGUAGUGCAAGAAUUCUGUAAUAGUUUUGACUUUUUCUACAGUGGCAAACUACUGAACAGUAUUGUCUUGUUUAACUCAUUUCUGAAAAAAAUAUUCUCAGUCAGGAUAACUCCAAAUACUCAACAUCAGUUUUGCUGAAGUUGAUGAAUGACCUGGGGAUAUCAGGAAAGGGCCAGAGGAAAAAACAAAAAGAAUGCAUAGCCUUACAUAGGGAAAAACACAUUAUACAAUUGCAUUUACCUCAAACUAGAUGACUACCUAAGGUGACAAAUUGUUAAUUCAUCCCAAAUCAUCUUAAUUGGUCUGAAAUAAAGAUGGGUUAUCAUUGUCAAACACCCUUUAAAAUAAACUUGUAGGCAAUAGUAUAUAGUUAUUAUUGAAUUAAAAAAUGCAAUUUGAUAUCAACCCAAUAACUCACAAGAACCAUAAACCAAUUUCCCCAUUUUUUAAAAACACACCCUCUGUUUGGAUAUGAAACUAUUUCAUACAUAGUGUAAAUGCCCAUAUUCCUCACUCAACUAUCACAUGCCAAAUAAGUGCAAUAAAUGCAUUAUAUCUUAGAAUGUGAUUGUCUGUUCAAAAUCAAAUGAAUACUUAUUUCAACUGAUGAUACACCUCAAAGACCUACCAAAAUUGGUGUUGUAAUAGAAAACAAUAAUGACAUUGCUACAACAAAUUGGUUUGAAAUUCCAACUUUUUAAUAAUACAAUCCGAGUUACAAGUGCUAUAAAUUAGUUGCUUCACUGAAAAAAGUUCAAAAUACAUUUAUAUGACAGGAGAUAAUUCGUAUCAGUAGCACCUGGUUCACAGUUGCUAGUUUUAUGUGCAUAAAACUGCAUUUCAUUUUUGCUGUUUGCGAAGCAUCUCCCAGACAGGACUGCAUUCUAUAAUCUGAGCUCGGGCCAUGGCAAUGCGAUCACGAACACUAUCCACGUGUGGCUUACAUGUCGCCUUCAUAAGGAAUAAAUGUUUGAAUCAUUGAUCAUUUAUGUAACAUUAAUAGAGCAAUAAUCAGAACUUCACCCGAAUAAUUGGUAUAUAUCUGAAGCUUUUACGAUUUCUAAAUGAAUAGUUUAAGAAUCUUAGUGUACACAGUAUUGGUCAUACUAUGUAUUAACAUACAAAUCAGCAUACAGCGUUUUAACAUUCUCAAAAGUUCAGAAAUUUGAGGUAUACUAACCUUGGCAAUGGUUACCAUGCUUUUGACCAUAUCACCAACAUUGUGUAUUGGUAUGAUCCUUAGAUUACCACCUAGAAAUCUACAUAAGAAUAAAAUAAAUAAAUGAAAUGCGUGAGCAGCAGUAUAUUUUGCUAUUUACAUUUAUUCCAAUAUUGAACAAAAAAAAUAUAAAAGCUCACGACAAUACAGUUGGUCUUUGAUUUUUUUAUUAAUUAUAAUAUGCACAUAUUCCCUGAGGGAAGGUUGCUCUGCUUAUAAAUUCGUUUUUUUGAAUAUAUGGAAGCCCAGGGUAUUAUUGUACUCACUCUUUCACUAGAAUGGUGUGUGCCAGAUGUACUAGUUUUGGAUUUAUACAAAUGGUUUAAAUGUACAUUUCUAGCAGUAAUUACUACUCACAACAUAAUUUUUAAUCCAAAAUUCUGCAUCCUCUUCAGAAGUAUUAACUAGUUUGAGUAGAUAACCUUUACACAAAUAAGUUACUUUUGUAUUGUAAACAAACCAAUACCUACAAUUUGUAUUGUAGCCUGCUAAUACCAUAUAAAGUACCUUUGCUGUAAUUUAUAUAGUAUGUCCCAUUCUUCAGAACCAAAGAGUGCUGCAACAAGAAGCAGGAAACUAUUUCGGUGAAUAUGGGCAAACCGUUCAAUUUGCUCUGUCAACUUUCUUCCUGCAGAAUUGUUGGAGAGAUCUUGAACUUCUGCUAUAAUAAAGGCAACACCUGAGGAAAUUUCAAACAAAA